CGUGCUGGCAGAGCACACAUUCUGGGCACAAAACUGUAUAUAAGGAGAUGCAGUGCUCAGAGCAGGUAUCAGCAAUCCUCUGGGACAAGAGAGGUCACUGCUCCACAGAACCAGAGAGAAAGAACCCAGCCACAACACUCCUGUGUCAUCAUGAACAGCAAACUUCAGGCUGCCCUGCUUAUUGUGCUGAUUUCAGCAUCCCUGGCUCACAGCGGGCCCGUGGCGCGGAUGGGAACGGAGCUCCGGUGCCAGUGCAUAGCCACUCACUCCAAGUUCAUCCCUCCUAAAUCCAUCCAAGAUGUGAGGCUGACACAGAGCGGCCCCCACUGCAAGAACGUUGAAGUCAUAGCGACUCUGAAGGACGGCAGAGAGGUGUGCUUGGAGCCCACUGCUCCCUGGGUACAGCUGAUCAUAAAGGCAAUUUUGGCCAAGGCUCAGCUCAACUCUGACUCACCACUCUAAGGACCAGGACAGCAAACAGCUGGGAACUGCUCUGGCUGCUCCACUGAGAGAAACAUUCAGAAAAAGCAUCAGUCAAGCAGCGCACCACUUUCCAUCUCCUGCAGCAGUAUUACUAUAUUAAUUAUGGACUAUUUAUUUUAUUUAUUUAUUUAAUGGCAUCUAUUUAAGGAAGUGUUUUCAAAUGGGUCAGUUUUGUCUCUGGGACAUGCUGUUCCAUGACACUGAAAACUCUGAAUAGGAGAAGUGGUUUGCUCAGGGAAAUGAAGAGCCCUGGGCAGGCCCUGCAGCCAAACCCAGCCAGUGAAGUGCCAUGCACUCCAGCACAUCUGAUUUACACUAAGCCUUUACUGGUUUGCUACUGCCCCAGCAAACUGGUGAUUCCUCUACUCCCCUGGAGUGCCCUUGUAUGUUGUGUCAACAACAGCCUUCUGAACCACAGUCAGCCCGUGGCUUGGACUGUGAACUGUGAUUUCUGACUCUAAAAAUCUAGCCUACAGGAUCUUUAGGACAGUGGGUUUAGUAUUUAUUUAUUGUUAUUUCCAUGCUAUUUAUAAAUGUAUUUAUUGAGUAGUUUCCAUACAAGAGAGAAAAUUAGGAUAAUUUAUUUAAUUUCUAUUGGAUUUUCCAUUCCUACUACUCAUUUCUUAAAGCAUGUUCACAGUCCUAGUGCAUUGUACAAGGACUUGGUGUGUGCCUAAUUAGCUACUCAAUCAGCUAAUGGAAAAACUGUAUCUUACACACACAGAAUUUGCUUGUGAGAGUGUAUU